GGAACAAUCUGACAGUGUGUUGUGACAAGCACUGGAGCAUGUUCAAAUAAAUUCAGGAGCCAUUGCAUGCCCAUUACUUGCCAACAGUGGCUUACAAACCGAUCAGUGGUGAAGAGGAUAAAAGUAAAAGAAAAAAAAUGAGGAAAAUUUAUAUGUUGCUAAUAAGGGGAGCAGGCAUACCAACUUAUCGCGAUGGAUUGAAGAAUAUAUCAAAGCAUUUCGUCCACCGUAUCAUAUUGUAGAGAUGGAAAAAGUAACGACACAUUUUGGGGGCUGAACUUUACAUAUAUUGUAUAUACAUAAAAAAGCAGGUUCAUAUCAUAAUUAUUAGUUGCAGGUGUCAGGUACGUACUAUGCAAGAACAGGAGAAUUGGCAACCCAUUUACCUUUGCAGGUGUUAGAAUACCAUAGACUCGCCAGUUCCGUGCGAGGGAUCAUCCGGUUCGCAAUGUCAGAAGGUCCUGCUGGUGUAGUUGCGAAGUAUCGAACCUGGUUAGUGGCAGUUAUGGUCGUGUAUCUUGCUGGGUACUUCAUAGUUAAGUUUGAUGUACUUCCCGGGCUCCUCCAGACACAGUCGAACCUGACCCCUGUGCCACUACAGUAUCACGACAAGAACCGGGUCAUCUCUAAUACAGUGUUCAAGCCUUCACCCCGUCUCAACCAUAGCAGCGCCUCCAUUACACCUCCACCGCAUAUCCAGCACACCUCCACCACAUCAACGCCUCCUCUACACCAACGCCUUCACCUCAACCCAGUGUAUGAGCCAUCGCUGGAGCAUGAGUUAGCGCGGCGGCAGGUGGAGAGGGACGUGCAGGAGAACACAUGGUUCAUCAAUGAUCAGCUCAACCAACUCCUGAAAAAAAAAGAAGAAACGAGCAAUAUAGUGAACAUUAACGUGGAUACAGUAAAGAAUAUUUUAGAGGAAAUUCAUGAUCGAAAAAGAGUGACCCAAUAUGACCUGAGGCGACUGAAGGACAUGGACGGGUUACCUACAUGGAGGGAGCGUGAGGCAGCUGAAUUGAGUGAACUGAUCCAACGACGACUCUACGCCAUCCAGCACCCACCUGACUGUACCACAGCCAAGAUAGUGGCGUGUAGGAUGGAAAGAGGCUGUGGGAUUGGGUGUGACCUGCACCACGUACUGUUCUGUAUGAUGGCGGCCUACGGGAGCCAGAGGACCAUGGUGCUAAAGCGUGGCACUUGGGAGCAGUACUUCCUCCCUAUCAGCUCCUGCAACACUUCCCACAUCACCAGACACUCCAAGUGGCCGGCUACAGGAUUGGAGGGAGACAGCCGCGUGGUAUAUUUCCCCGACUGGGACCACCCGGUACCACCGCCUGAUUACCUGCCUCUGUCGAUACCACAAGACAUCUGGCAGCGGCUAUUGAGGUUUCACGGGGAGCCCGGUGCCUGGUGGGUUGGCCAGUUCUUCCAGUACUUGCUACGUCCCAACCAGUACUUACAAGACAAUAUCCACAACUUAACCACCACACUCAACUUCCAGACUCCCAUUGUCGGAGUACAUAUAAGACUUACUGAUAAGAAGAAAGAGGCGAAAUUGCACGAUCUGGAGGAAUACAUGAAUCAUGUGGAGGAAUACUACAGGACUCUGGACCUAAAGGAGAAAAACGCCACGCGCAGGAUCUACCUCGCCACCGAUGACCGAAACAUCUUCUCCAAUGCUACGAUAAAAUACCCGAAUUACCAGAUCCUGUACAACCCAGAAACCGACAGCCUUGGCGAGUUCAAACUGCGUAAAUUCUCCAAAUUCUCCUGUGUAGUCGACGUAUUCAUGCUAUCCCGUUGCAGCUUCGUGGUGGGCACCUUAUCGUCCAAUGUGGGUCGACUGGUCUAUGAGAUCAUGCAGACACUGUACCCCGAUGCCUCCUCGUACUUCAGCUCACUCGACAACGAUUACUUCGUGUACUUCCAGCGACCAAAACUCGCCCGGGCUCGCUUCCCUCACUACCCCCGCAGGUCGGGGGUGAUUAUGAUGCAGACGGGAGACCUCAUAAAGGAAGGCUACAGAUACCCUUACAACUUCCACGACGGCUUCGCUCAAGGUGUGAACCUCAGAACCAUGAAAAGAGGUAAAUACCCUUACUACAAAGUUGAGAAAGUCUACGACAUUGUUAAUACUUCUUCUUAUGGUCACUUUGAUAAAACAGGAAAGUUAUAAGGGAAUGACAAAGAAGAGAUCAAGAGAUCCCUCCAUCCUAUCCUUACAUAAUACACCUUGUCAGCUGUUGUUGGUACAUAUCAACACAACUCAGUACUUAAAUAGUCUGACAUGUUAAACUUGUAAGGGAGUCAGAACAAUAUUCAUCACCUACUGCGGUAAUAAUUUCAGGUUCUGUUAAGUUGUAUACAUGAAUUACAGCAUAUCCAGUGUGAUAUAUUCUUGAUCACAGUUGGAAUAUGAAGCUUUUGUGUGAUUCCCAGGCCUUACAUAAUUACAGACUAGGAAAUUAGAAAGAGUUCAGAAACACGUACGUAAAAAUGUUGCAGAUGGUGAUCACACAGUCUAUACAAAACAACUUAUUGUAAACACCUAUGUGUGUUCAUAUCACACUGUGACCACAUUCCGAUCUUGAUCCAGUACCAGAUUAUUACAUUGUUUUGAUGAUGUCCUACUUGCUGCUAAACACUCGUCUUUGCACAUCAAGUUGUAACCAGUCUGAUGUAGCCCCACUAGUGCUAUAUAUACUGUAUAUGUGUGUUUACUAUCACAGUGUUCGGCUCCAAACUUUCAUCAUUUGUUACUUUUACUUUUAUCCUCUUCACCACUGAUCGGCUCGUUAGCCGCUUAGGCGGUCGGUUACGUCUGUUACACACUGUUGUCUUAAGAUUUUGUAAUUCUAACUAAUUUAUGUUGUAUUGAACAUUACAAUUUGUGAUCUCAUGGAUUAUACUCUCAGUUGCUGGAAAUAUAUCUACUAUGCUGG